GCGAUUUCAUGCGCGUACGCGCGUGCGGUAUCUGGUGAGCACUGUUGCUGGUUGGUGUGCCACUCGUUUUGUACUGAGGGAUGGAGACAGCCGCGCAAGUUGUGGCUCUGUGAAGUGGAUAAGAGGCAGCCCUAUUGCACACCACCAACAUAGCUAAGAGAGCCCAAGAAACGAUCUAUUACGGAAAUCAACAAAACAAAGCAAGGGUUCUGGCCAAAAAGUCCGACAUAAGCAACAUCCUAUCUGACAGCCAGCUGGAGGGAGAAGUGGACCAGAGUGGCCAGGUAGUCGCACACGAGCAAAUCCCAGUGGAGGAAGAUUUGGCUGCAAGAGCCGAGGCUGCCCUGGGGAAAGAAGAGGAGGACGAGAAAAUGGCAGAGGUUGGUCUUUAGAGCAUGAGACUGAGAGAAAGGUGAAAUAAUACGGUGCAGCCUGUCUAUAACGACCUUCGAUAUAACGACAUCCUCUGUAUAGCGACAUGGUGCCCAGGUCCCGAUUUUUUCCUCAUAUAUACAUAUUAUCAUUAGUAAUUUUUUGUUUGCCUCUCUAUAACGACAACUCUCCCUCUAUAACGACAUUUUUUUUUGUCCCGACGGUGUCGUGAUCUAGAGGCUGCAGUGUAAUCUUUUUAAAAGUAAAUAAAUAAAUGCUGGUUUUUUACACUC